UGCAAUUAUUUCUACGCUCCGUACACCACACUCUCCUAAACCACAAUUGGGAUUUGGGAGCCUAAACGACAAUACAUCAACGCGGCGGUAGCGCGUGGCAUCAUUAUCUCUCCGCUCCCAGCAAAGCUUCCAGUCACUUUCAAACCCCUCGCCAAACUCAUCACAAUGCUGUGUAUGCGAGCACGCCCUUUCUUAACCUCCACAUUUUCCAUCACUUUCUCACCUCCCAAACGCAUCCCUCGCCUCAGACCACGUACAUUCUCCGUCAAACCAACCAUGUCGUCAACCGUCGAGCACAUCGUCCUCUUCAAGGUCAAGCCCGACACCGACCAAUCGAAAGUCAACACCAUGAUUAACAACCUCAACGGCCUCAUCUCCCUCGACCCUGUUCUCCAUCUCACCUCCGGUCCGGUAAUCCGAACCGGAUCCUCUCUCUUCUCAUUCACUCACAUGCUCCACAGCCGCUACAACUCCAAGGAUGAUUUAGCCGCCUACUCUGAACACCCUGAUCACAUGAGUGUCGUCAAAGAAUCGGUCCUGCCAAUCUGUGAGGACAUAAUGGCCGUCGAUUGGGUGGCUGAUCAAUCUCCCUCCCCUGUGACCCCACCCCCGGGGUCGGCCAUAAGAAUCACAUUUUUAAAAUUGAAGGAGAAUUUGGGGGAGGAAGUGAAAAACGAAAUAUUGAGGGUAAUUAAAGGAAUUAAGGAAAGUUUUGGGGGAAUAGAUCAACUCACUUGUGGAGAAAACUUUUCUCCGGCCAGAGCAAAAGGGUUUUCGAUUGCUUCGAUUGCCGUUUUCAAGGGAGUGAAAGAAAUGGAAGAAGCUGAUUCCAACGAGGAGUUGGUGAAAUUGCAGAAAGAGAAGAUUAAAGAUUAUAUUGAAGGCGUGAUUGUUGUUGAUUAUGUGGUGCCUUCAGCUUCCAGUCUUUAGAAAUUGUAUCUCUGAAUGGUAUGCUAUCAAGACAUCAACUUGUUUAAGAAUCAAUAAUAAUGAAGACUGGAUUAUGAACAUUUUCUUUUUAA